GGGCGGCCCCGGGGCUCGGGGACAGCUCCCGGUACGGGGGACGGUGUGUGCCCGCUCGGAACCCGCUGUGCUGUGCUUGAGGAACGCGGUGUUUGCCGCUGGGAAAUUACAAAUUACAGCUCCCGCCCUUGCUGGCCCAUGGAUCUCGGUGCCGAUAGGAAAUUGCAGCUCCGGCCCUUGUUGUCCCUCGGUCUCGGUGCCGAUGGGAAUUCACAGCUCCUGCCCUUUUCGGCCCCUCGGAUCUCGGUGUUCAGGCUCUGACCCGGAGCCCCAGCCCUGCUGCAGGUGCAGCCCCGGCCCUUCCCGCCUUCCUCACCCACGGCACAUCUCGGUUCAAAUCCUUACCUGCAAAUGCCCCUCGCACAGCUUUGCUGAAAGGUUAAAAUAUCGCUCUAGCAUUGCCUGAGACUGAUGAUACCUUUUUUCUCUCUCUUUUUCUUUUUUUUUAUUUUUUUUCAAAAAAAAACAAAAAUUGCCUAAAGCAGUGGAAAUACUUGAAAUCUUCCUACUAAUAACAGGCCGUUUCAAUGUGGUCCUUAUUGCCUGACAUAAAGAGAAUUACCUUUAUCACUGGCUGUCUUAAAGCUGUUGUAGCUCUGAUCUAUCAGUGUGAUUUUAUUUAUUUAUUUACUUUUGGUUUUGCGUUUCAUUCUGUUUGACCAGUGAUCCUUGGCUAGUCAAGCUCUUUUUUUUUUUUUUUUUUUAUUUUAAUUUAUUGCUGUCUCUAGUCAGUGUCCCGUUUUGGUUUGGCUGUGUGAAGCUGGUGCUGGUGUUUGGUUUGUAAUCUUGUAGGGCAGCGUGCAGGGAGGGUCAUAAAUCUGCAGCAGGGUUUGGUGGCUUUUUUUUUUUUCCUCCUUUUUUUUUUUUGCGUGUGUCUCUUGUUUUACUUUCAGAGCAAUAACUUAACUUUUGUCCUUGCUCUGUUGAGCAAAAGUGAAAGUUAGAUGCUGGGUGCAAACUUCUGCCAUCAGUUAUCCUUUUUAACCUUUCAUAGCUGUAGAUUCCUCAUGCAGAGGAGGCUUGGUGAGAAACCAGCCACCUCAAAAGAUAAACGGGGAGCGACUGAAGCUUUCUCUUCCCUGAGUAAAACAAUUGUAACAGAAACGUUUGCUCCUGCAGCCACGUGCACAAAAAGGCAGUUUAAUUAAGAUUGCAGCCCGACCAGGGGUUCAGCUGGGACCUGCUGUGCUCUCCAGGCUGGAUGGGGAGCAUGCCAGCCUGCUGCUGUUCCUGCAGAUGCUCGCGGAGGACGCUGAGGCAGAGGAGCAGGAGCGCUCUCCAGAGCCCUGGCUCGGCACCAUCCCAGCCUAGGUUUGAAUUGCUGCCGCCUUGAACACGCCGGGCUGUAUUUGAAAUCGUAACCAACGAAAGGAUGUGAUUUUCGCUCCCACCUGGUCCGGGGCAGGCAGGUGCAGGUUUAUGGAGGAGCUUCUGGAACGUUCUGAGCCCCCGUUAACGGCGGGGCCCGGGCAGGCCAGCCCCUAGGGGGGGGAAAUACAGCCCGGCUCCUGUGCCUAAGCUUUAGCUGUGUGGGUUUCUCCCCCUUCCCCAGAACCUUUGCUCCUGAAGAUGGUGAGUAGCCAGCCUAAGUACGAUCUAAUUCGGGAGGUUGGUCGUGGCAGUUAUGGUGUGGUGUACGAAGCGCUCGUCAGGAGGACCUGUGCCCGCGUGGCCGUCAAAAAGAUCCGGUGCCACGCUCCCGAGAACGUGGAACUGGCUCUGCGCGAGUUCUGGGCCCUUAGCAGUAUCAAGAGCCAGCACCCCAACGUCAUCCACCUGGAGGAGUGCAUCUUGCAGAAAGAUGGCAUGGUGCAGAAGAUGGCCCAUGGCUCCAGCUCCUCCCUGUAUCUGCAGCUCGUGGAGACCUCGCUGAAAGGAGAAAUAGCCUUUGACCCCCGCAGCGCUUACUACCUGUGGUUCGUGAUGGAUUUCUGCGACGGCGGCGACAUGAACGAGUACCUGCUGUCGCGCAAGCCCAGCCGCAAGACCAACACCAGCUUCAUGCUGCAGCUCAGCAGCGCCCUGGCCUUCCUGCACAAGAACCAGAUCAUCCACCGCGACCUCAAGCCCGACAACAUCCUCAUCUCGCAGGGCCGCGCGCCCGCCGAGCCCACGCUGAAGGUGGCGGAUUUCGGCCUCAGCAAGGUGUGCUCGGCCUCGGGCCACAGCGCCGAGGAGCCCGUCAGCGUCAACAAGUGCUUCCUGUCCACCGCCUGCGGCACCGACUUCUACAUGGCCCCCGAGGUGUGGGAGGGCCACUACACGGCCAAGGCCGACAUCUUCGCCCUGGGCAUCAUCAUCUGGGCCAUGCUGGAGAGGAUCACCUUCGUGGACACGGAGACCAAGAAGGAGCUGCUGGGCAGCUACGUGCGGCAGGGCGCGGCCAUCGUGCCCGUGGGCGAGGCGCUGCUGGAGAACCCCAAGAUGGAGCUGCUCAUCCCCGUCAAGAAGAAGUCCAUGAACGCCAGGAUGAAGCAGCUGAUCAAGGAGAUGCUGGCGGCCAACCCGCAGGACCGGCCCGACGCCUUCGAGCUGGAGCUGCGGCUGGUCAACAUCGCCUUCAGGGACAGCAGCUGGGACACGUGAGGGCGUCCUGCAGGGGCGCUUUGCACCUCGCUGCCGACGGGAAUGUGGAGCUGGCCGGUGUGAAAGCCCUGAGGGCGUUCCUGGGGCUGGGCACGUCGCAAGAGCCAACACUACUUGAUUUCCAGCACUCUGUCACGGAGUGUCCCACACAUUCCAGUUUCCUAUGUCAGUAUUAGGAACUCUCGUGGAAAAAAAAAGGAGGAAAAACAGAUUUGCAUGCUGGCAGUGCAAAUCUUGAGGCUUUGUAAUGUAGUCUGUGUAUAUAUUUAUGUAUAUGAGUGACUGGGAGUGUGUGGCACUUAAAUUAUUUGCUGUGGGUCUGGAUGAUUGGGGUCUGCUAGAAAUCUGGGUGAAGCAAGUGAGUGAGAAAAACUCCUUCCUCCCCAGGCCUGAAUGACUUUAUUAUUUAUUUUUGUUACCUAAUUUCAAAGACUUGACUUUGUAAACAAAAAAAGCAAUGCAAGGGGAUCAGCUGCUUUCAAAGUGCUAACAUGGCUGGUCUUGGCACUUAGAGCUUAAUGAGCUCAUCACUGAGGGAGUCAAAUUAGAAAUGUACAGUCAGGUGCUGGCAGGGGGGCUGGCUCACUGAUCAGUUGAUUUUGCUUUUAUUAAUCAGUUAAUUUGCCUUUUCUCACCUGGAAAUGGCUGUAAGUAUUUCCUUGUACAAUUUGCUUUUUGAAGUCUGUUCCCUCUUAGUGUUGGGACAGCAGUUCUGGGCACUCAGUGUUCAUUUUUCGAGUGCAGAUAAACAGAAUGUUAUUUUUUGGUUUUCCAAAAGCAAAGGAUUCUGAUUCCACCCAACUUGUGAGGCUUUACAGGCCGCAGGUGGCUCUUACCUGGUGCUGUGUGAGCUGGUGCCUGUCCCCAGCUGGCCUUAGUUCAUAAUUCUUGUUGUUUCCUUUCACUUCAUCCUCUUGGGAGUGAUCCUCAAACACACUUUGCUUGUGCCAACUCUGCCUCCCAGCUCUCACACCUCAGCAGGGUGAGAAGAGGGGGUUUGUCAUUCAUGUUAAACUUGGGAGCUGUUUAACAACAAAGGGGUGAGCAUCCCCUCCCUUACCCGGCCAGAAUAACAGAAUUACAGAGCCAGAAUUAGCCCUGCUCCCCUCUGAGGUGCUCCGUGAACCACCCGGCUCCCCUCUGCCUGCAGGGCACAAAUCAGGGGCUGGCACAGGGGAGUUUGGGGCUUUUUGACUCCCAAAGUGUUUCUUUGCACUGAUUGCCACUUUAUAGGUUGGGGGUGCCUGAAAUCCCUCUCAUGGUGCUUCUCCUCGCUGUUGGGUGACACUGGUAGUCCUCGAGCUCUGUGUUCUCUUUUGAUUUUUUUUGUUGUCUGAGGUCUUUUGUUUUGAGAAAAUCAAUCAAGUUGUUGUAGCAGCUGCGGGGUCGUUCCACCAGCGUGACACGAAGUCAAGACACUUUUCAGCACUUGGGAAAGAUUUUUUUUUGUUGUUUUUUCCAUGUUUUUCCUUUAAAAACUGUAAAAUAUAUUUUAUGGAGAAUUUAUAAUGAGGAAAAUUAUUGUGUAAUUUAUUAAGUUCAUGACUGUUUUUGAAAUAAAACCUUGAAUUUCGAUGAA